AUGGAUACCCGACCCAAGAUAGAGCCAGACAGGCCUACCCGCGUGCUGUCCGCGAAUUUCAGCGACUCUGGCCUCCACUUCACGGUCGGACUCGAGGAUGGCUUCCUUGUCGUUCACGCUGACUCCGGUCAGUUGUCCCUCACUCAAGACCUCGCAGGAGGCAUAGGCCUUGCCCAGAUGCUUGGUCAGACGAACAUCAUCGCUCUGGUCGGUGGGGGCCGCAUGCCAAAGUUCGCCGCCAACAAGGUCUUCCUGUGGGAGGUCAUCAAGAAGAAGCCCGUCUCCUCCAUCAGUGUCAAGACCCCCGUCCGUGCCGUUCGCAUCAACCGAGAGAAAGUUAUCGUUGUCCUCCAAAACAGUGUUGAGUUUCAUGCGCCAUGGAACAAGCCGAAGGACAUGCAGAAGGUGGCAGUCUAUGAGACUGCCGACAAUCUUCACGGCUUGAUCUGCAUGUCGUCAAAGCACAUCGCCUUCCCCGGCCCCACCGCUGGACACGUGCGACUUGUUGAGCUGGCCACGGACAACGUGAGCAUCAUCCCAGCUCAUUCCACUGCGCUGAGGGCCAUGGCCUUUAGUGAGAAGGGCGAUAUGCUCGCCACUGCGAGUGACAAGGGAACCCUGAUCCGCAUUUGGCACACUCGAAACUGUGCCCGCAUCUGCGAGCUUCGCCGUGGCAUGGACAGCGCGAUCAUCUUCUCGCUGGGAUUCAGCAGGCUGGGUAAUAUCCUUGCCUGUACCUCUGACAAGGGCACCCUCCACGUGUUCGACGUCCCCUCCCAGGAGAACCUGAAAGAUCUCCAGUCGCCAUCGAGCCCGAUCAGCCUCACUUUCCCAGCCAGCCGCCCUAGUGCUACGGCUGCAGCUGUCGAGGAGGGCAGGGGAAAAUGGGGUCUUCUGGGAAAGAUCCCCUUCAUGCCGCGGGCUUUCUCGGACCAGUAUUCCUUCGCGUCCGCCCCGUUCGAGAUCGGCGAUGAGCCCACCAGUGGCGUCCCCGCCUUUUCGGAUGUCGCAAGCCUCGGUACUACGAGGCCCCCGAAGGGUAUCUUGGCGUGGACCGACGAGGACACCAUCAUUGUCGUUGGUGCGGGCAUCGAUGCUCGUUGGGAGAAGUUCAAGGUGGAGCUGGAUGACGACGGUCGCCGCCGUGUUCGCCGCGAGGGCUGGAAGCGUUACUACAGAGACAUGUAG